UGUUAUAUGGGCCAAGUUGCCGACCCGAUUAUCCGUUGCCAUAACUGAACAACCAGAAACAUUGACAGAGUGCGGUGGAAUGCAAUGUUAGGUGGCGGCGUCUCUCGUAUUUCCCAGCAUUUUCGAGAGUGCGACCUCCAUUUCCACGUCCCUUUCACCUUCACCUUCACUUACUCUGCUUCUCCAACUUUCCACACACCUUCUUCUCCACGCAUCGCCAUUACUGCCACUGCCAACCGCACCCGCUCUUUUGCCACCCCAUCCAAGUCCUCUGGCGAAAUUCCUCUCCUUUUCGAUUCUUUCAGCCAACAAGAGGAUGAACGUGAAAUUCUCUCUGAUGGGAGAUCUGCUGUGGCAGGUGGAAUUGUAGCAUUGGGAAAGUUUGAUGCUCUGCACAUAGGUCAUCGAGAACUUGCAAUUCAAGCAUCAAGGGCUGGACCUCCAUUUCUUUUAUCAUUUGUUGGCAUGGCAAAAGUACUUGGUUGGGAACCUAGGGCUCCUGUAGUUGCUAAAUGUGACCGAAGGCGAGUUCUUUCAUCUUGGGUUUCUUAUUGCUGUAACAUGGUCCCAGAAGAGUUUCAGGUUCAAUUUUCAAGUGUACGUCAUCUCAGUCCACGACAAUUUGUUGAGAAGCUAGCAAAAGAACUUAGUGUGCGCGGAGUUGUUGCAGGUGAGAACUACCGAUUUGGGUACAAAGCAGCUGGGGAUGCAUUGGAGUUGGUAAAGCUUUGUGAGGAGUAUGGAAUGGAAGCUUACAUAAUAAAAUCUGUUAUGGACAAGAAUCGUUGCUCUGUAGAUAUGAAUUCUGUUGCUAACUCCAAAGAGAGGGGACAGGUCUCAUCUACACGUGUUCGUGAAGCCCUUGCCGUAGGGGACAUGAGGUAUGUCUCAGAGCUUUUGGGUAGGCCACACCGUCUCAUAUUAAUGGCCACUGACCAAGAAAGAUUCAGUACUGGACAGUAUAAGGUAUCUGCUCCUAGAUCCUGCUUAUUGAAUCUUGCACCAAAGGAAGGUUUAUAUGAGAAGUGUUCACUUUUCCUUGAUCAGGAAAAUGUUGUGCAGUGUAGAGUAGUUAUUGACAGCAAGUUUGUGCAUAUAGAAACAGAUUACGGAGGUCUCGGUGAUUUUUUUGGUUCUCUAAAUUUGCAGUUCUUGCACAUUGAAUUUGGUGAUUCCUGCACUUGAUUCAGUUUAGAUAAUUAUUUCUAUUCAAAUUUAUAGUCUACUGAAUUAUAGAUGAUUGUUCCAUCCCCCAAAGUGCUUCGAGUGAAACUUCCAAAUCUUAAAGCUGAUACAAGUAUACAUAUAUGUACCUUUCUUCCUUUUUGAUGCCAUAUGCCUCCAAACUAAGUGAUUAAAUUUGGUCAACUCAAUUGAUUAUUCCAGUCA